GCUGUCGGAAUAUUUUAGGGUAGCCUCCUCGGUUUGUACUGAUUUUUCCGAGAGGAAAGUACAAUUACCCCGCUUUACUCGCUAAUGUAUAUCAAAGUAAUUGCAAAGACUACUACUAUAUAAUAAUCGAUACAGACUCCGUCCUUCCUAAUCUUUAAAGACAGUUGUCCAUUGCUCAGAUAUUUGUAGUAUCAAUACCCUUCCUUCCCAAGGACUUGAAGGCGCUACCAUGAUGGGAGUAGAUCAUAAACACAAACCGGGUAAAACGACUGAAGAGCUCAUUAAACCUUGGAAGCUACCCCCACCGAAAACAUACGUUUUUAAGAAUGCGAAUGUCAUACAUCCCGUCGACGGAUCAAUCGAUUUGAACACCACCAUCAAGAUCUCUUCGGGUUUGAUUGAGUCAGUCUCGAGAGAACUCCCAUCGUCAGGACUUGAUGCCGAUGUCACCGUCGACCUGCGGGGCAAAUACGUUUGCCCGGGUCUUAUCGAUGCUCAUGUCCAUGUCUCAGCGGUACCUGGCGAGAAGGACCUUGGCCGUUGUAUCGGGAUGGAUCCUGCUGUAUCCAUGACCAGGCAACCAUUCGUAUGCGAACAGAUGUUACGUCGGGGAUUCACAACGAUUCGCGAUUGCGGUGGUGCUUCUCUCGCGCUUAAGGAAGCCAUCCGGGACGACGUCUUCCCAGGGCCAAGAUUGUUCAUUGCCAACCAUGCACUGUCGCAGACUGGAGGCCAUGGAGAUUUGAGAAGCUCGCAUGACCAUAGCGAAUGUUGUGGUGGCCACAUAACAGGGAUUGGUGUGCUCUGUGACGGUGUGCCUGAAUGCAUCAAAGCUGCUCGUGAGCAGCUCCGGACUGGGGCAGAUUUCAUCAAAAUUAUGGGAGGCGGCGGCGUUGCGUCUCCGACAGAUCGACUUGAAAAUACCCAGUUCACGGCCGAGGAGAUUAGAGCAGUGUGCGAAGUGGCUCGAAGCUACAACACAUGGGUCACGGCGCACGCCUACACGCCUCAGGCCAUACGUCAUGCAAUCGACAACGGGGUGAGGGGGAUAGAGCAUGGCAAUUUCAUUGACCGGGAGACGGCGAAAUACAUGGCAGAGAAGGGUGUCUACCUUACGCCGACGCUGAUAGCGUACGAGGCCAUGUCACGGUUCCCCGGAUUCCUGCCGGCCGAAAGCGAGGUUAAGAACCGCGAGGUGUUGGGACGCGGGCUGAGUGCACUAGAACUGGCUUGGGAGGCGGGGGUGAAGAUGUGCUACGGAUCAGAUCUGCUGGGCCCUUUGGGGGUGGAGCAGACGAAAGAGUUUGGGCUGCGGGCGCGGGUGCUGAGCAAGGUGCAGGUGCUGCAGAGUGCGACGGUCAACGCGGCAGAGAUGCUGGGACAGGCGGAGACGCUGGGCCAAAUCAAGGCGGGGUAUGCGGCGGACGUGCUUGUGCUGAAUGCGAAUCCGCUCGAGGCGAUGGAGGUGCUGGAUCGGCCGGAGGAGCACGUGUUGGCGGUGCUCAAGGAGGGGCGGGUGCGGGUGAGCCGGUGGUCGGCACUGGCCGAGGAGGGCCGACCGACCGGGAUGAUCGAAUAGGUAAAAUAGGCAGGCGCAUGACUCGACCGCCUGUCUUGCGUGCUUUCGCUCUUCCCGCUCCUCUUCCUCCACACCCUCUCUCCUCUCGCCCGCCUGCCAUGCCCGCGCCCAGGCUGCCUCGGCAGCAGUUUGUCAUUCUAGCCCUGUGCAGGUUUGCCGAGCCGCUGGCCUUGACCAGCGUCUUUCCCUACCUCCCUGAGAUGGUCGAGAGCUUCAAAGUCCCAAAGAACAAAAUAGCGAAAUGGGCUGGAAUCGCCUCAGCCAUCUUCAGCCUGGGCCAGUGUGCGACGAGCAUAGCCUGGGGGCGCGCUUCUGACAAAUAUGGCCGCAAGACCAUCAUCCUGCUGGGUUUGUUCAACACCAUGCUCACG